CGGUGGCUCCUUCUCAUGAGUGCCUGAGCCACCCCGGCCCGAGCAUGUCGGAUAGUUUUGACCGAGCUCCAGGUGCUGGCCGGGGCCGGGGUCGAGGAGGCGCUGCUCCCCUCAGCGGCGCGGGCGCGUUGGAGAGCGGCGGCGGGGCCUGCCUCGGGGGCAGCGGCUCCCACAGCUCAGGCUCGGCUGAGCAGCAGCACAAAACGGGCGGCCUUUUCCCGCAGCAGGAACCGUUGCGGCCUCCGAAGACAGCGCCGCUGGGCACCGGAAACGCAGAACACCUGCAACAGGCAAGAAUUCCAUCUGGAUCACAAGAUAAAGUUUCAGUUCCUGGUUCUGGACCGGAAAUGGCUGAACCUCAGGUGGCUGUGGCUCCUGUGGUAAUGUCAAAGUUGUCUGUUAAAGCACCUGAGUUUUAUCCAUCAGGAUACAAUCAGAACUUCGCAGAUUCUUCCUUUGAAGAUGGAUAUGAUGGCUAUCUGACUUUGGCAGAAUAUGUACAAGACUUCCUAAAUCACCUCACCGAGCAACCAGGUUGUUUUGAAACUGAAAUAGAGCAGUUUGCCGAAACACUGAAUGGCUGGGUCGCUGCAGAUGAAACUUUGCAAGAACUUGUUGAACUCGUAUAUCAGCAGGCCACAUCUGUCCCAAAUUUUUCCUACAUGGGAGCGCGGUUGUGUAACUAUCUAUCUCACCAUCUAACCAUUAGUCCACAAAGUGGGAACUUCCGACAGUUGUUACUUCAAAGGUGUCGAACAGAGUAUGAAAACAGAGAUGAAGCUGCCAAAGGAGAUGAGACUACUCGAAAACAAUUUCAUGCCUUUGUGUUGUUCUUAGCUGAACUUUACCUUAACCUAGAGAUUAAAGGAACAAAGGGACAGGUAACGCGAGCAGAAAUUCUUCAAGAAGGCCUUCGGGAAUUACUAAAUGCGCUCUUCUCUAAUCCUGUGGAUAAUAAUUUGAUGUGUGCAGUGAAGCUGCUGAAGUUGACAGGCUCAGUUUUAGAAGAUGCCUGGAAAGAAAAAGGAAAGAAUGAUAUGGAGGAAAUGAUUCAGAGAAUUGAAAAUGUUGUGUUGGAUGCAAACUGUAGCAGAGAUGUAAAGCAUAUGCUUCUGAAACUAGUAGAACUACGAUCAAGUGACUGGGGUAGAGUUCAUGGAACUUCUCCACAUACAGAAGCUACCCCUGAAAAUGACCCAAACUAUUUUAUGAACGAACCAACAUUUUACACUUCUGAUGGUGUUCCUUUCACUGCAGCAGAUCCAGAUUACCAAGAAAAAUACCAAGAGCUGCUUGAAAGAGAGGAUUUGUUCCCAGAUUAUGAAGAAAAUGGAACAGAUUUAUCAGGACCUGGAGAUCAGUAUUUUGAUGACCUUGAUGACAAGAUGGAUCCAGAAAUUGAAGAAGCAUAUGAAAAAUUCUGUCUAGAAUCAGAACAUAAGAGAAAACAGUGAGAUAUUGCACAUUAAUGUUAGUUUAUUAAACCAGUUUAGGUAUGGUUAGAAUAUAGGGGGACAUAAAACAUUUGUACCAAAAUAAGGAAGUUUAGUUUCUCCAAGUACUAAAGUUAUACAAUUUCCAUUUUGUUAAACAGAAUCUGCCAAAAAUUGUAAACUUAUGCCCUGUAACUUAAAAUGUUGUGUAUAUAUCAUAGUUUAUUUUAUGGACAGGUAUAUGAACAAUGUUUUGGC